AUGGAACGCGUGGCCGCUCAGGCCAGCGAUGCGGCCCGACUCCAGGGUGAAAACAAGCUGCUGAAGCGCGCCGUGGCCAUCCAGAAUCAGCAGAAAGAGGAGGUUCAGAACGAGAACAACGCAUUGAAACAGCUGGCCACGCAGGCCGCCGAGCACAUGAAGCGUCUAGAGCAAGCCAACUACACGCUGAGGGUUCAUCUGCAGACCAGCACCAACGCCGGUCUCGGCCACCACCUGAUGUGUACUAGGCCAUCGAUGGCCACACAUGACCAGGCCUUGACCUUCACUGGCCAAGGCAUUCUAUAG